GGUAUGGGUGUGUGUGUUGCCCGCUCGCCAUAGAGACCUCUCUGGCCCGCCUCACAGGAAGUGCGGCGUCGAGGCUCGGGGUGUUUUUUGUUGGCCCUCCCGGAAGCUCAGGGGAGGGGGAGGCUCCGACGUAUUCCCCCGCCCCGCGGAGGACGCCCUCGCCGCCUCCAGGAGGGCCGAGGACGCCCUCGCCGGCUCCGUCCGGGCCGAGGACGCCCUCGCCGGCUCCAGGAGGCCGGCCGCCGCGGCGCCGAGGAACCUGGAGGAGCUGCUGAGCAGCGUAAGGAGAUCGCCCGAGGGCGCCCUGGACGGCCUCCCGGCGGCGGCCGGCGGCGCAGCGGCCGAGG